AUGGAUCUUGGUACCCUAUUGGCCAACAAAUUCAAACGCUGCACAGGAUGCCAAUUGGCAUGGUAUUGCGGAAUGCCGUGUCAGGAGGCCGACUGGAAGAACCAUCUCCUUGACUGUAAACCAAAGGACCAGAUAACAACGGCUGACCUGCUGUACAAGGCAAUCAUUCGAUCCGAGGGAUCUCCUAUGCAGUCUUUAGAUGUGCAAACUCGUGACGACUAUGGGUUUGAUAGGGCAGGCAUGUUUAAGGAGUUUUAUCUUCUGGACAUGUACCUCACGGUCCUCCAUCCCGAUCGUAUGGCCGUCAAACCGCGAGUUUUUCAUAAAUGGAUGACGCAAGGCACAAUUGGUCAAGAGAUAAUUUCUUGCUACGAACGAUAUAUCGGGGAUGAAGAACGAGAGCGAUGGUACUCGUGGUUGUUGGAUAAUCAUCAUCAGGUUUUCAAUCGCAAUGUCAGCACCCCCAAGGUUGCAUUCGACACGGCAUGGAAGGCUGUAUUGGAAAUAGGCUGGAGAUACAGUGGACGCACGGAUGCUCCGCCUGCAGAGUCGCAAUUUCAUGAAUUCUGUCGUUCUCUCUCGUGGUCAAACCGUAAAAUUGAGUGCUUGGAAUUCUGCGGAGUGAUAUUAGCCCUGCUUGGACCCUCCCCUCGAGAACGAUUCUGGGUACCUUUGGGCAUGUGUGUUGGGGCUUUGGAAGACCAGUCCCGCAUAUGCCAUCUGUAUCGAGACCUGCUAGAUAAUUGCACUUUUCAAGAGUUCGUUCUCGCCUACGAAACCUCUGGACUCGUAGCCUUGUUUCAAGCAUACGGUUUCGGCCCCGAAUUAUACCCUAAAUGUUUCGCUGAAGUCCUUUCCGCUUCGCCUAACAACGUUCCGUCGGCGUGGUAUCUUAAACAAUGGAUGGUCGGCGAGUCUUCUUCUAAACGGGCCUUCUAUGAUUAUGGUUUUGCCAAUUGUCGUAACAUCGACGAGUACUGCGCGUUGGAGGACACCUACGCCCGAUAUUUCCGCUGGGACGGUGCCGAUCCACAGGCGUGCAUGUCGCAUUCAAUCCCUAAUGAUUGGCAAACAUUAGUCGACUAUGGCUUCCAACGAGUAGGAAGUAUCUAUCAUCAAAAUCUUUUAUUGGUAUACGUCGUCCUUAUGCACCCUCGUCGUCUCGCUGUGAAGCCGCGUACCCUGCACAAGUGGAUGGUAGACGGAACACUUGCGGAAGAAAUAUUCUCCAUGUAUGAAUCACGGAUGGACAAAUCUGCUGGUGUGCCAGAUUGGUAUGAAUGGUUUGUUAAAAACCGUCAUUGGAUUUUUGAUGGAAAUUGGGAGGCCACAGCUGUGGCAAUGGAGAGCAUAUGGGAACAGACUAUUUACGCAGGCUGGCGGUAUUGUAAUGGAGGCGCCGAUUCUUCUCUGACGGUAUCCAAGAUCCAAGAAAAAUGGGAUUCGGAAUCCUGGUCUUUGGGAAGAAGGGAAUGUUUGGAGUUCUGUGGCUUUCUGUCGGCAAUCUCUUCUGAACAAUUACACGCUGUCUAUCGCGCACUUUUGGAUAAAUGCACUUUUGACGAAUUUGUUGCCACCUAUGAAACAUCAACCUUGUUGGAUUUGUUGAACAAAUAUGAUCUAGGCCCCCAAAACUACCCUGCUGUCGUUUGCGACAUCCUAGCCGCUUCUCCCGAUAACAUUCCUUCGGCAUGGUGGCUCAAACAGUGGUUUGUAGGUGGAUGUGUUUCGAUGCAACCGUUCUAUGACUACGGAUUUUCCAACUGCCGGACCUUGAAAGAGUUUCAGGAGUUGGAAGACGUCUAUGAAAGAUAUUUUCGUUGGGAAUGGGCCGAUCCUGUGUAUCUUAACAGCGCGCUCGUAAAGGGUAGUCUCUUUGAUUACCUCGCCACCAUGCUUCAGCUAGCGAACAAAAAGUUGAUCCGACGACUGACCAAGAAACCCUAA